AUGGUUAGCAUUGCUGAGGCUCUUGUCCACAUCCAAAUCACCCACAAACAUAUAGCACACAAUCCAAGCUACAAGCGCACCCUAUAUACUUCACGACAGUUUACCUUACAAACACUAAUCCGGAUCGCCACUACACCCGCUCCCCAGGCGCUUCAUCCCUACCUUCUAAAUCCCCUCGUACCGCGCGCUCCCCCCGAUCCGAGUCACGAUAUUGGAUUCGUGUACAAUGGCAAGACGCUCCAGCCGCUUACUUCGCGCUCUAUACACGUCCAGACGCUCCCGCCUCCCGUCGCCAGCGGAUGGGCCCGGUUACUUGCAACUACGACCGGCGGAAGGCAGAGUGGGACAGACAGUGGCCGUGUCCCAGCAGAGUCUGGCUCCCCCCUAUGCAGGUUGUAUGGCGAAGGAAAGCUGAAUCGUUGGCGCACAUUUUAUUGGAACAUAGAUGCCUCAGCCGACCUCGCAAUUACUGUGCUAACUGUUUCAAGGCACACAUUGAAAUAUUUAUCAUCCCUGGUCAUUGGUGGUAUAUCUGGGGAACUAUCAUUCUACCAGUCCUUGCAAGAGCAGCAGCAGCAUAAUGAUGAUCGUCGACGUCCCGACAUUCGCGACCCUGCUAUGUCUCGAUAUACCGAUAUCGACGACGUCUCCAUGUCCCGACGUCCCGAUGUCGACGACGUCUUGAUGUCCCUACGUCUCGAUAUCGACGACGUCCCGACAUCGCGUACCCUUAUUCUCAGUGAGAUUAUUCUGAAGAAUCUCAUGCUCUUCAUGCGGCGAAUAGUCCGCGAAAAUUUCCAACAAUCCCGCACGCGAAAACGUUGUAAACUGACGUCGGGCUUUAUUGAACUAUUCCUGGGUGGUUUAGUGGUAGAAUUUUCUGUAUAA